CCAGCCCCGCCCACUUCACGCGAUGCGCGUGGAAUUUAGUCGCGUGAACCAGGUGAGUUGGAAAAAGUUCUUUUGUUUGUUUGAGGGGCGGUCGGUUGCUAGUGCGCCUCGGCGUCUUUAAGGUUUUAGGGAGAGGUUCGCUGGAGGUUUCUGCGGGGAGAAGAAGGGGAGUCAGACAGGCGACGAGCAGUGCCGUCUUGGCCCCCGGGGGCAGAGGCUGGGAGUGCGAAGGAGAGCCAAUGAGAGGGGGAGCCUUGCGCUCCUCGUCUCCUUGCCCCGGCUCGGCGCGCCCUGUAAUUAGGAGCUCCACUUGUGGGCUGGGCGCCGCCACCGUGGACGGCUCGGGAACGCCAGCUCCGCACUCUGGUCUCUUUUUUGUCCCGGAGUGUUUACGGAACGCUCGCCCUCCGCGAUGAACGGGCUGCCGUCACCCGCGUUCGAGGAGAAGAAAGCCAACGUCCGCGGCUCGCCGAGCCUGGCGGCGGCGGAAACGCCACCCGCGGACGCGGGUUUCUACGGCGCCGCUCUCCACGGUUCGCAGGACUUUUACGCGGCGCAGCAGUCCUACUCCACUCCACACGCGAGCCCUUACGCGUACGCUCACUACAACCUGAACGGGAUGGUCCCCGGUGGCGCCUUUCCGUGUGGAAAACCCGAGUACGCCUACCCGCACUCGGCGUACAGAGAGCCCGGCGGGGGCUUCGGCAGGGAGACGCAGGCGACGCUACCAGACGCCGUGAAAGAAGAGCCCGAGAUGGAGAUUCGGAUGGUCAACGGGAAGCCCAAGAAGGUUCGCAAGCCGCGGACAAUUUACUCCAGUUACCAGCUGGCGGUCCUCCAGAGGAGAUUCCAGUCGGCCCAGUACUUGGCCCUGCCGGAGAGGGCCGAGCUGGCCGCGCAGUUGGGCCUGACGCAGACGCAGGUGAAGAUAUGGUUCCAAAACCGGCGCUCUAAAUUCAAGAAACUGUACAAGAACGGAGAGUUUCCACUGGGGGAAAUGGCGCUGGAGCACAGCCCGGAGGCAAGCGAUUCAAUGGCUUGCAACUCUCCCCCAUCGCCGGCCGCUUGGGAAAACAACAACAACAACAACAAUGGCGUCCCCGAUGCCGCCAGCAGCACGGCCGGCAGCGACACCAACCUGAGCGCCGGGCUCCAGAAUGGUACAAUGCUGGACCCUACCAGCAGGGGGCAGCAACCUUAUCAGCCCUCAGCCGAUUCCUCCUCCUCCGUCUACAUGGACGAGUACGCGCACCCGAAUUGGUACCAGCAGCAGCAGCAGGACGCACAUUUGGCCUUGCAGGCAACCAACAGCGCCCGCCACCCAUCGUCAGCGGCGCCGCCGGCUCCCGUCGGAGCCGUUUACUGAAUCCCAAACGUGCCGGCGUAGACAUUGAACGCACCCGCUCAACUUCAACAGAAGGGGCCGUUUUUGGAUCAUCCCGAAAGAACUGAAGGUGUGCCUCCAAAGCAGGAUGAAAAUGUACUCGGCAUAUUUUUCAACGUGACCAAAGUGCCCAAAUGUAUUGGUUUGCUUCAUGCCGAUCGGAGCCAAAGACCAACUACUACUGAUACUAUUCAAGAUCCUUUUUUUUUAAAUUUUAAAAGAUGUGUGGGAUGGUGAACCUCCCGUUUUCUCCAUCGCUCUACUCAAAUAAUCACAUUCCAGCACGGUUUUAACAUUCAUUGCCCGCCCCGUGUUUGUGACGGUGGACCACCUCGGCUUUUCUGUUUUUUCCCUAAAUUGACACCUUGCGCGAAAACUUGUCUGGGUUUGAAGAUAAUACGCGACGGCAUUGAGAGACU